AUGGAUAGAGAUAUACAUUCAAAGUCGGUGUUGACCUUCACCUUUCAUUCUACAUAUGAUGAUAUAUAUCCUAUGGUAUCAACGAUACCUACAUGUGUAGUAAACCCGUCUAAAGCCACAAAGGAAUGUACGAGCUACGACAAUGUCUCAGCUCUAGCACAACAUAUUCCGAAACGUAGACAGAAAGAAUUCGUUCCUGAAAAUAGGAAAGAUAACGGUUACUGGGAAAAAAGGCGAAAAAAUAACGAGGCUGGAAAAAAGUCCAGAGAAAAGAAAAUAAUCAACACCCUAGCUUUAGAAAACACAAUGAUGGAACUUACAAGAGAAAAUAUCAGGCUCAAGAAUGAAUUGAUGCUAAUCAAGAGAAAGUUUGGGGUGUCAUUUGGUAAAGCUUUCACAGGGGACGAGGCUGGUAUUCAACGCAGAGAGAAACACCCGCAAUUACAUCCGAUCGAUCUCAGAAUCUGUAAGAGCAGAUAG